AUUUGUGGUCCCUCAGAAGUGGCAGCCGCAGAUGUAAACAGUGACUCUCCUGCCAAGUACAGCACGCGACCAUAGUUAACUUUGGUACCCCCGUACUUUUGAUUGACAUUAUAUGAAUUGUACAAGAAUUGGUUCGUAAGUUUUCUUUCUAGCCAACUGUCUACUUUUUUAAGCACCAGCUAAAAAUUCAAGCAAUGUCAGGUUGUGGUGGUGGUGGUGGUGGUCAUGGCCAUGACCACUCAGGUCAUGGCUCUUGUGAAGGCCAUGAUCACACUCCAGCUGAACUGGGCGUGGCCUAUAGCCUGUAUACAAGGAUAGAUAUUGAUAAUGUGGAGUGUCUAAAUGAAGCUGUUGAGGACUCGGGAAAAACAGUGUUCAAACCUUGGGAAGAGAGGCUUGACAGGGAAAAAUUUGUGGAAAGUGAUGCUGACGAGGAGCUGCUCUUCAAUAUUCCGUUUACCGACAACAUCAAGUUGAAGGGAAUUAUUCUUGUAGGUGGGGAAAAUGGACAUCACCCUAAAAAAAUGAGACUAUUCAAGAAUCGUCCUCAUAUGACUUUUGAUGAUGUAAAUUCUGCAGCUGAGCAAGAAUUUGAUUUGCAGCAAGAUCCAACUGGUACAUUGGAGUAUACAACCAAAGUGGUUAAGUUUUCCUCGGUGACUCAUCUGACUAUCCACUUCCCAAGUAAUUUUGGUGAAGAAACAACUAAAGUUUCUUACAUAGGCUUCAGAGGAGAAUACACAAAAGCACAUAGACAUGGUGUUACAAUUUGUAAUUAUGAAUUAUCUCCGCAAAUGAUGGACCAUAAAGAUAAAGCUUUAGAUUCCGUUGGUAAGCCUAUUAUGUGAGGCAGUUUGUGUGAAAUAAUUCACAGACUCAUGCUUGGAGUAGAUUGUGACACUCUUCAAAGGUGACAGAUAAAAUAAUAUAAAAGCUCAAACUAUGUUAUAAAUGGGUCACUGAUAUGCAUUAUCUCAAAUGAGCUAUUGGCCUGACUUUGUAGUGCUUUUUUGGCUUCUGAAUGGCAGAUGACGCAAAAUUAAGAGUGAUGAGUAGGAAUGGUUCAUUACAAGGCAUAUGGAAAGAUAGCUGUAGACUACAAUUUUAUUAGAAUGUGCAAAUCCCAUUUUUGCAAACACUGUAACCAUUCAAAAUUGGUAACUAAGAUAUGUAGUUACCAUAUGUACGCAAGUUCUGUAAUGAACACCUGGCUGUGAUGACUUAAUGUUAAGUGCAACAAACUGAGAUAUUUUAGCAGGGCUAUGCAGGUCUUAUGAUGCUGUAAAGUUUAUGAUUUAAUUUUUUUAGUAUAUGUAAAAGCAAAACUAAUGUGUAAAUUAUAACUGGAGUUACUAGAUUUUAGAUUAUUUAGAACCAUAUAUUACAGUGUUACUCACAGUCCAAGCUAUAUCAAGAUAUCACUGUGUAAUCACUAAGAUUGUGAAUUUAUAUGAUUUGUAAGAGUACAUAUAUAACAGCAAAAUACAUUUCAUAGAUCUGUAUUUAAAUAUAUAAGGUUGAUUUUAUUGCUUCUUCAUGAGACAGUUUGUGUAUGAACUUUGUAAUAUUGCAAUCUGUAGUUGUCUGUGUAGCAUGCAUCUGUUAUCAAUUUUAAGUAAGAAUAAAGGGAAAAGACAUAGCAUAUGUUUAGAGCUUCAAAUGAUUAUCAUUUGUUCCACUGGACUACCUUGGCAAAAUAAAGGUAGAUAAUUUUAC